AUGAUAAUGGGUUCAGCUGCAUCAACUGUGUACUAUAAUCUUAGGCUACAACAUCCUACACUUGACAUGCCAAUCAUUGUUUAUGAUUUGGCUCUACUGAUCCAGCCCGUGCUUAUGCUAGGAAUUAGUAUCGGUGUGACUUUUAAUGUCAUCUUCGCCGACUUUUAA